AAGACACAGAGAGACAGAGAUAGACAGAAAGAGACAAACAGAAAGCGAGACAGAGAAUGAGAGAGCGAGAGAGCUAGGCUACUUCAAAACUUUGCAGUGCCCCUUUCUGCUCCUCUUGUCUUUCUUUCUCCUGAUAUCUUUUGAUGCUGCUUACACGUUAUUAGCACAGAAAAGGCAUUAGACUGGCUAGGAAGAGGGCACCACUUUCACCCCCAAUAAGUUUCUUUUACGUUCCUUCUUUUUUCUUUUUCUUUCUUUCUUCUUCUCCUCCUCCUUUUUCUUCUUCUUUUUUUUGGUGGGAGGUAGGGGGAGUCGAAGAGAAGGGGUUGCAAAGACAACAUCUCAGAGUGAUAGAUUGGGUGAAUUGAAGGCAUCUCUCUUUCUGCCAAAUCAGUCCGUUCUCUAAAGCCCCUCGUAGCCAGGCUAUAGAAGUUUAUUCUGGUUGCAGAAUAACUCUGGUGUGGUUUUGCAAAGGGGAGGAGGGGGAGAGAAGAGGGGUGGGCAAAAAAAAAAAAAAAAAAAAAAAGGCUGAGAGGAAAGAGAGGAUACGUGAAUCGUCCAGUGCAAACUCUAUUGUUUGAAACUCACUUUAUAUCAGAAUUUGAAGAUGAAAACGGUACAAAAAUGGCCCUACUUCUGCAAUUAUCCAGCCUAAUGCCUUACUGAUGAAAAUUUUUACAACGUUAUCUUUCUUUUUCAUUUUGGAUUGAAAAAAAAAAUGAAUCCAGAGAGAGGAGAAAGUACAGGAUGUUGGAAACGAGCACCUGCUAAAAAGUGGAAUAUCUAAUCAUUGAAUUUUCAAUAAAUAGCAAACAAAACUGUUAUGCAGCAAUUCUGGAGUUGUGUUAAUUCUCUAGCAAGUAGGUAGCCCUCCAACAACUCAUCCAAUUUUUUCUAAAUUAUGGAAAUUUUGUGGAAGACGUUGACCUGGAUUUUGAGCCUCGUCAUGGCUUCAUCGGAAUUUCACAGUGACACCAGGCUUUCAUACCGUUCCCAAGAGGAAUUCCUGUCGUACCUUGAACACUACCAGCUCACCAUCCCAAUCAGGGUUGAUCAAAAUGGAGCUUUCCUCAGCUUUACUGUGAAAAAUGACAAACACUCAAGGAGAAGGCGGAGUACGGACCCUAUUGACCCACAGCAGGCAGGAUCUAAGUUAUUUUUUAAACUCUCAGCCUAUGGCAAGCACUUUCAUUUAAACUUGACUCUCAACACAGAUUUAGUGUCCAAACAUUUUACCGUGGAAUACUGGGGGAAAGAUGGUCCCCAGUGGAAGCAUGGUUUUUUAGACAACUGUCAUUACACAGGAUACUUACAAGAUCAACACAGCACAACUAAAGUGGCUAUGAGCAACUGCAUCGGGUUGCAUGGUGUUAUUGCUACAGAAGAUGAAGAGUAUUUUAUUGAGCCUUUAAGGAACACUACAGAAGAUUCUAAACACUUUAGUUACGAAAAUGGGCAUCCUCAUGUUGUUUACAAAAAGUCUACCCUUCAACAAAAGCAUCUAUAUGAUCACUCCCAUUGUGGUGUUUCAGAAGACCUCCCAAGAAGCAGCAAACCUUGGUGGUUGAAUGAUACUUCUGCUCUUCCAGCUUCCCUCCCAAUUAAUGACACUUUAAGUAGCCAUCUCAGACAGAAGAGAUCUGUCAGCACUGAGCGAUUUGUGGAGACGUUAGUCGUGGCAGACAAAAUGAUGGUGGGCUACCAUGGGCGCAAAGAUAUUGAACAUUACAUUUUGAGUGUAAUGAAUAUUGUUGCCAAACUUUAUCGGGAUUCUAGCCUAGGAAACGUUGUGAAUAUCAUAGUGGCUCGUUUAAUUGUUCUCACUGAAGAUCAGCCAAACUUGGAGAUAAACCACCAUGCAGACAAGUCCCUCGAUAGCUUCUGUAAAUGGCAGAAAUCCAUUCUCUCCCACCAAAGUGAUGGAAACACCAUUCCAGAAAAUGGGAUUGCCCACCACGAUAAUGCGGUUCUUAUUACUAGAUACGAUAUCUGCACUUAUAAAAACAAGCCCUGUGGAACAUUGGGCUUGGCCUCUGUGGCUGGAAUGUGUGAGCCUGAAAGGAGCUGCAGCAUUAAUGAAGACAUUGGCCUGGGCUCCGCUUUUACCAUUGCUCAUGAGAUUGGUCACAAUUUUGGGAUGAACCAUGAUGGAAUUGGAAAUUCUUGUGGGACCAAAGGUCAUGAAGCAGCAAAACUUAUGGCAGCUCACAUUACUGCAAACACCAACCCUUUUUCCUGGUCUGCCUGCAGCAGGGACUACAUUACAAGCUUUCUAGAUUCAGGCCGUGGUACUUGCCUUGAUAAUGAGCCUCCCAAGCGUGACUUUCUUUAUCCAGCUGUGGCCCCAGGUCAGGUGUAUGAUGCUGAUGAGCAGUGUCGUUUCCAGUAUGGAGCAACAUCCCGCCAGUGUAAAUAUGGGGAAGUGUGUAGAGAGCUCUGGUGCCUCAGCAAAAGUAAUCGCUGUGUUACUAAUAGUAUUCCGGCUGCAGAGGGGACACUGUGCCAAACUGGGAGCAUUGAAAAAGGGUGGUGUUAUCAGGGAGAGUGUGUUCCUUUUGGCACUUGGCCCCAGAGCGUAGAUGGGGGCUGGGGUCCCUGGUCAGUAUGGGGAGAGUGCAGCAGGACCUGCGGGGGAGGCGUCUCCUCAUCCUUAAGACACUGUGACAGUCCAGCACCUUCAGGAGGUGGAAAAUAUUGCCUUGGGGAAAGGAAACGGUAUCGCUCCUGUAACACAGAUCCAUGCCCUUCUGGGGCCCGAGAUUUUCGAGAAAAGCAGUGUGCAGAUUUUGAUAAUAUGCCUUUCCGGGGAAAAUAUUAUAACUGGAAGCCCUACACUGGAGGUGGGGUGAAGCCCUGUGCAUUAAAUUGCUUGGCUGAAGGUUACAAUUUUUACACGGAACGUGCUCCUGCAGUGAUAGAUGGAACUCAGUGUAAUGCCGAUUCACUGGAUAUCUGUAUCAAUGGAGAAUGCAAGCAUGUAGGCUGUGAUAAUAUUUUGGGAUCUGAUGCUAGGGAAGACAGAUGUCGAGUCUGUGGAGGAGAUGGAAGCACAUGUGAUGCCAUUGAAGGGUUUUUCAAUGAUUCAUUGCCAAGAGGAGGCUACAUGGAAGUUGUACAUAUUCCAAGAGGUUCUGUCCAUAUUGAAGUCAGAGAGGUGGCCAUGUCAAAAAACUACAUUGCUUUAAAAUCUGAAGGAGAUGACUACUAUAUUAAUGGUGCCUGGACUAUUGAUUGGCCAAGGAAGUUUGAUGUUGCUGGAACAGCUUUCCAUUACAAGAGGCCAACUGACGAACCAGAGUCACUGGAAGCCCUGGGUCCCACCUCAGAAAAUCUCAUUAUCAUGAUUCUACUUCAGGAACAGAAUUUGGGAAUUAGAUAUAAGUUCAACGUUCCUAUCACUCGCUCGGGCAGUGGAGACAAUGAAGUUGGCUUUGCAUGGAAUCAUCAGCCUUGGUCAGAAUGCUCCGCUACUUGUGCUGGAGGUAUCCAGAAGCAAGAAGUGGUGUGUAAAAGGUUAGAUGACAACUCGAUUGUCCAGAACAAUUACUGUGACCCUGAUGGCAAACCACCAGAAAACCAGCGGGCUUGCAACACUGAACCUUGCCCACCUGAGUGGUUUAUUGGGGAUUGGUUGGAGUGCAGCAAGACCUGUGAUGGUGGAAUGCGCACGAGGACAGUGCUCUGUAUCAGGAAGAUUGGACCUUCUGAGGAAGAGACACUGGACUACAGUAGCUGUUUAACCCAUCGGCCCAUUGAAAAAGAGUCCUGCAACAACCAGUCUUGUCCCCCUCAGUGGGUUGCUUUGGACUGGUCAGAAUGCACUCCAAAAUGUGGUCCAGGAUUCAAGCACCGGAUUGUUCUAUGCAAGAGCAGUGACCUUUCUAAAACGUUUCCAGCUGCCCAUUGCCCAGAGGAAAGCAGACCUCCUGUCCGCAUCCGCUGCAGCUUGGGCCGCUGCCCUCCUCCUCGCUGGGUGACUGGAGACUGGGGCCAGUGUUCUGCUCAGUGUGGACUUGGACAGCAAAUGAGGACCGUUCAGUGCCUCUCCUACACGGGGCAAGCAUCCAGUGAUUGUCCAGAAACAGUCCGGCCUCCAUCGAUGCAGCAGUGUGAGAGCAAAUGUGACAGUACUCCCAUUUCCAAUACUGAAGAGUGCAAAGAUGUGAACAAAGUGGCCUAUUGCCCACUGGUGUUGAAGUUUAAGUUCUGCAGUCGCGCAUACUUCCGACAGAUGUGUUGUAAGACAUGCCAAGGACACUGACCACAGAGAGCAAGAGAAAGAGAACGCCUUGUUAUUUCAACGUGGAGAUGUGUCCAUCAAAGAGAGCCACCCAGAGGAAGGGGAUUGACGUCCUUGCAAAUGCAUUACCCUGUGGAAAACGUAACCACUGGUCAGCCCCAGCUGACAGGAUUUCAAUAUUAUUUUAACUUCUGUGAAGUGGGAUUUAUUGAUCCAAAGUGCUGGACACAGUAUAAGGAGGGAAUGCCAAAUUGGAGAGAUCCAAGCAACACAGACAGCAUCAAUCACUUACCGUGGAACUGUUGUGUUCUUUCGAGUAAUAGUCCGUUUACCUCCUUGGACCAUUAAGAUAAUUUUUAUUAUGGACUUAGCAAUGACACUGAAUCCAUUUGUAUUUAAAACUGUUUAAAAUGUAGCUGUUAUGACAUGGUCUACCAUGGAAGUAAAGAAGAUUCAGAAAUCUAAAGUCAUAGCUUAAAAAUAUUUACUGUAUUAUCUCACUACAACAGCACCACAGUUUAAAUUAUAAAACCAGGCUUUAAAAUGUUAUUUAAGGAGCAAUUAUAAAUCAGAAGUAAA